UGGUUGUGCCCUUGUAAUCUAAUGAUCAUUGAUCGCUUAAGUCGAAAUGGUUUGAUUCGUUGGGUUUUGGUUGAAAUAGGCUUCUUAAAUAAACUUUUUCCAGUUUGGAAUCAAUUGUAAAAGUGAACCCUUUUUACAGAUAUCCAUACCUAAUGUUCAAAACUGAAGUUCUUUAAUUGUUUGCAUCACUAUAUUUUCCAGAUGUUUUGGAUGGAAUUUUUUAAUUGAAAUUUUAAAAUUGCCUUUAGCAAAUCAUAUGUUUUUUUACAACCAAGAGUCUUGGAAGCCACAACACUUUUUUCACAUUUUUGCCAAAUAGCAAACUUUUUAUGUUAAAUAAACUGAUGAUUUUGAAACUUCUUCCUUCUUGAACAUUCAACAUCAUAAGCCUUAAACAUAUAUUGCUAAAAAGAAAAGAAUCGUGGUGAUACGUAAUUUACUAUUGUGAUGAUGCUAUUCAAACCGUUAACCGUUUGUUAAUCCUGCAUUUCCAUAUUUUAGUCUGUAAUACCCAGGGAAUGCAGAACAGCGAAAGAGAUCCAAGCUUGUUGAUGCUUGGCGUCAUUUUCUGAUAAUGUCUACCUACAGUGCUACACAUCUACAACAAAUGAGAUGCCAGAUAAAGUAUCGAUUUGUAAAAGGUGCAUUGAAGGAGACUACUUAGGUUUUUGCUAGAAAGAUUUUACACAGCGAUUUGCUCUUGAGGUAAGAUUGUUUCUAUAAGCAGGUUUGAUAAAAAAGGAUUCAAAUGUUUUUAAAAUCCAGUGGCACUACAUUGUAAUUUACCAUGCACGCUGUCUCAAAACAUAUAAUAAAUGAAAAAAUAUUGUUUUGUUAGGCCUGAAUCUUAUUUUAGCUAUGUCUAUGGCGAAUGAAUGUAAUAAAAACCGAAACUAGCAGGAAAAUGGAUCUUUAUAUGAGUACCGGCACCUUGAUAUUUAUUAAAGUUAUUUCGCGACUUUUAAUGGCAGUUGAUUAAAGAGAUUUUAAAAAUGCUGGAAGAAGUGGAAUCGCAUUAAAAAACGUUUCCAGCCUAGCUAAGCCAGUACAGAUGCUAUUAAACACACACUAGCCCAGUUAGAUCAAGGAUCAGUAUUGUUCUGUGAUCGACAACAUCAAAGCUCAAAGAGCAUGAGCAUGUCGGGCCUUCCACUGAAUCGCCAAAAACCUAAUUCCAAUGAUGUAAGCAGAAAGUUGGUAAUACAAUGAAACUAAAAGCUAGAAGGAAAACUUUAGUACAAGCUUUGAUUCUUACAUCUCUAUUUUGGUUGUCACUGGAUGUUCUAUUCUUUGUGCACAAGCAGUCAACGAACAUCGAUCUAGAUGUAGUUGUAAUCAACAAGGAAAACAAUAAAAAAGCGUUACAAACUACAACUGCUGCGUACCUAGGCCAGUCAAGCAAAGUUCAUCAGAGAACUAAAGACCUUGAUAACCAAGUAAAGUACCAGGUUUUUGAUCGAUUCCCUGUACAGUUGAGAUCAGAGUUGUUCCCUGAGUUGGUGAUUCAUGGUCUCGGUGACAAAGGACUCAAGGCCGAUUUGCCUGAUGGGCUUCGAAAUAUUUCCAAGAAGCUCUUCAACAAUCAUUCGUUUGAUUCUGUGUUAAGUGACCAUAUGUCGAUGAACAGACGACUACCUGAUGCACGCGGCAAAGAAUGCGAGGCAAAACAUGCAAGCUAUUCUCAAGAUCUUCCCACGACAAGUGUAAUCAUCUGCUUUCACAACGAGGCUUUGUCAGUUUUAGUGAGAACAGUGCACAGCGUUUUACGAAAAACCCCAGCCUAUCUGUUAUCAGAUAUCAUUCUUGUAGACGAUGCAAGUUUGCAUGACUACACAGGAAAACCAUUGGACCAUUACGUAUCUAAGUUGAAUCAGCAUCCCCAAGUUCGGAACAAGAUCAAAGUGGUCAGAAACAAGCAGCGAGAUGGCUUGGUACGAUCACGUUUGCGCGGAGCUGCUAUGUCCAACGGAGAGGUCCUCACUUUCCUAGAUUCUCACUGCGAGGCGACAGAUGGCUGGAUAGAGCCACUUCUUCAAAGGAUCAAAGAGGACCGGAACAAUGUAGUGUGCCCAGUGAUAGAGGUAAUAGAUGCCGUUGAUUUCUCAUACAAAGGUUCAACGCUCAAGGCAGUGACACAAGUAGGAAGCUUUACGUGGGAUUUAUUUUUCACUUGGAAAGAGCUUUCACCGGAAGAGAGGUCACAGCGGAAAGACGAAACAGAGCCUCUACGAUCACCAACAAUGGCCGGUGGAUUGUUUUCGAUUGACAGACAUUACUUCUACAAAAUGGGCUCAUAUGAUACUGAAAUGGACAUAUGGGGAGGUGAAAACUUGGAGAUGUCAUUCAGGAUAUGGAUGUGCGGUGGGAAUCUGGAGAUUGUGCCUUGCUCUCGAGUCGGACACAUUUUCCGGAAGGAGAACUCUCCAUACAGCUUUCCAAAUGGUGUUUCGAAAACAUUGGCCAAAAAUUUCAACCGACUUGCCGAAGUUUGGAUGGAUGAAUACAAAGAAUUGUACUACAGGCGCAAACCUGAUGCGGAUAGAAAAGUUGAUAUUGGUGAUAUAUCUGAACGUAAACGUUUAAGGAAGAGCCUUGGCUGUAAAAGUUUCAAAUGGUACCUCGAUACGAUUCUUCCUGAUCUCAUUGGCUCAGACCUACAGCCUCCAGCUCACGGAGAGAUUCGCAAUCAAGAUGUUGAUCGAUGCAUCGAUUCAAUGGGUGCAAAGUCUAAAAAAUCGAACUUAAAGUUGUACAUGUGUCAUGGUCUUGGUGGUAAUCAGUACUUUGUUCUGAGUAAACGCGGCGAAGUGAUAUUCAACGACGAAAGCUGCAUGGACUACUCACCCGAUAACGAAAAGAGUCGAAUUCAAAUGUGGGAAUGUCAUGGACUCAAAGGAAACCAACAGUGGAAACAUAAUCGCGAAAACGGUGAAAUAGCGCAUGUGGUUACAGGGCGAUGUCUAGAUGUCGAUCCAUCUGAUGGAUAUUUGAUUGCAAGAAAAUGUAAAGAGGGAAGUAGAAAAAGUCAAAAAUGGAAAUUUGGAAAAUAUGACGAAAAGAUCUGGUAA